AUGGUAGUGGUGGUGACCCAUGUAAAAGCACUCGUUUAUGGCAUAGACGGCUUGGGCAUAUGUCUGAAAAAGGGUCUUGAUCUGCAUGGUAAAGAAGGUUUGUUGAAGAAUUUUAAGAAGCCUUGUAUGGAUUUUUGUGAGCAUUGUGUGUGUACAGUAAAGCACACUGGAUUUAGUUCAAGUCAAGCAAACACAAAAACAAAGGAAUUUGAGAUGUUCAAGUCUCAAGUAGUUGAUAUAGAACCUAAAAGCCAACAAGGUUCUAAUCGUGUUCACGAGAAAGAUCAUGAUGGUAUUCACGAGGUUAUUGAACAUGAGAUGGUUCAACAAGAAAAUGUACAGGAACCAGAGGAACAAGAGCUUGAGGACAAUUCGAUAAGGUUUCAAGAAAUUAUGGAGGAGGGAGAAGAUGAUCGAAUCAGUGCUUUGCCGGAUUGCUUGCUUCUUGAAAUCCUCUCUCGUUUACCCUCCAUAAAACGUGCCAUUAGAACAGGUACACUCUCCAAACGAUGGAAACAUCUUUGGACUUCAGUUCCUACUCUCUGUUUCAAUGAUUAUACACGUACACUUUCCGAUUUCAUUUCAUCCGUUGACAAAACUCUAACUCAAUGUCAUCAACUGAUGCUCAAGAAAUUCCUUGUGUGUACCACUUAUGAUACUCGAUAUGUAUCACAAGUGAACAGUUGGAUUCGUUAUGCUAUAAGUUGUAACGUUGAAGAUUUUAGUUUAACGUUAUGGAAUAUGAAAUUUGAAGCUGAGUUUCUGUUAGAACAAAUUUUUUUCAUUAGUUCAUCUUUUACCGAACUGACAUUAAGAGGCUGCAUAUUCAAUCCGGUUGGGGCUAUUAAUUGGAAAAAUCUUAGAAAUUUGUGUAUAACUUGGGGGAAUUUACAUGAAGAUUUGAUUGAAAAUAUAUUAUCCGGGAGUCCUCUGUUGGAAACUUUGGUGUUGAGAUAUUGCUAUGGCUAUAAACGGCUCAAUAUUACUUCGAAGAGCGUUAAGAACUUGGUGUUCUCUGGACACAUUAUUCGUGAUGAUGAUGAUGAUGAUGACGACGAUGAUGAUGGUGAUAUCACAUAUAUUAUCGAAAUCAAUGCUCCUAAUAUUUUGUCACUAACAAUUGAAGAUGAUGUUGUGUUGUGGAGGCUUUUGUUACUAAACGUGUCUUCUUUAGUCGAAGCUAAUUUAGAUUUUGCGAAUAUGGGGCAUAAUGAGAUAAUACCUGAAGAGGUGGAAGAAGAGAUGCUUAAAGGAUUAUUACUAAAGCUUCACCAUGUCAAGGAGCUUAAAAUUGGCGAUUUAUGUUCUGAGGUUUUGUCUCGUUUGGAAGCAAAAGGUUUCAUUUUUCCAUCGAAUAUGAAGUUUCCUGAUGUCAUUCCACCUUUAUGCUCUGAUAGUAAUUCCAAUGAGAUUGAAAGGUGCUCUUGCUUGACCAUGGUCCUAAAAUUGAUGUGCUUAAUUGAUUGAUGACACUUGAGCUCAUGUUUGGGUACUUGAAUUAUUUUUGAUCGAUGUCACCACUUCCAUCAACAUCUAAACGUCUCAUUAUGAUAUCUAUUAUCUCGUUUGUUGGUAUCUUGCCCUCCAUCGGAAUCUCGUCCAAGUUCAAUUCUCUGACAUACUUUUUCAAUUCAAGGCAUGUAAUAAGUUUAUCGUCGCUCACAGAUAGGUUAGUAGCACAAACUAGGUUCAUUGAAGUACUUCAGGGAAACUGAUGAUGCUUACCAGAUUGAUUGUACUUCCUCCCCGACUGAUCAAAUACGGAUCAUCCAUCAAAUUUCUCGUUUCAUCAAGCCACUUUUUGAACAUAUCAUAAAGUUUUUCCCUGGUCAAUGUUUUGUCGUCGUUAGGGUCAGGGUGUUUCAACAAGUUCUACUCUGCAAAAGAUCGAUAUGCCCAGAAAGAGAAAGUCAGCAAUUAAAAUUGCAGAUGUAUCUCCUUGCAACUUCUGUUUAUAGGGAAUCGAUAUAUACCUGAGCAUGGAAGUUUGUAAAGAAGUACCUAAUCCCAAGAAGAAGUGACAGAACAAGGACUAGGUUCUACAUCGAAUUCUGUUUUAGCACAGAUGAAAAAUAUUCCCCAUACAAGUGUGAGAAGCAGUAUUGAUGAUCCAGCUAGCAAUCCAACACCCGUCACAACAUAUUCUUGACUUUAUCUUUACUACUCAUUAUUCCAGUUGCUGCAAUCAGACGAUCAAUAACAGAAAUGUAAGAAACAAGUUCAUCGAUGCUGAAGUCAAGCAAACCCAUUCAAUACCCAAAACUCUUUAGAUAAAUGUCCUCACGCCACGGUUGAGGUGCAAAAUUCCAUACAGGAGGAUCAAGGUUCAAACCUUGCACGCUUAUAAUAUCGCUAGUGCUCUAGGAUUUACCCCCACAUGAUGGGUUCAGCAUGGUUCGUCCAGAGCCAUUUACCCCUUUUUAGUAUUGGAUAAAUUGAUGUGUGAAACUUUGCAUCACUACUAUACUUGGAAUUUCAUAAAUAUAGAAUAUUAUACGGUCAUCUUUUUUACAAAGACGCAUAGAAACAAAAAGGUGGUUGAUAUGGAGAACAUAAAAAAGAGAAGCAACCAAGAAGUAUUAAAAAUUCUGGGAGUUAAUCGAUAAGCCGAGAAUUAAAUUCAGUCCAGAAGCUCUCACUAAAGGCAUGAUAAAUUCAUCAAUCACCACUCGCAUAAUAUUCCCCUUGAUAUAAUAGGUACCCGUAUGUAACAAUCAGGAAGAAUUGACUCAGGACAUUGGUUGCACAUGGGAAAAACCCAUACAUUAUCUGGCAAUGCUCUUCAGAAGAAUACAUUUCUUUAAGAUCCAGAAACGAUUCUUGCUCUCGAGCAACAGCAUCAUCAGUAACACCAUCAUUGGCCACCAACUCAGCAGACAAAUGAUCAAAAUGACGACUAUACUGCCUUCCCAGAUAACAGGAAAAGUAUAAAAACAAAAGAAGAAGAUGCAAUACUUACAAAUAGCUUUCCCAUUUUGAAAUUGGUGAUCCGGUUGAGUAACAUUACCUAUGGGUAUCCUGCAAUAUAUGGAGCCAUGGGGGCAACCUUGUAGCAUAGAGGGGGAGCAUAGUCAACGUUUACUAGUAUUUUUGGUCUUCUAAUAUAACAAGGUAAAAUUAAUCUGUGGCAUGUAAUUAAGAUUUGCAGAAAUGGAUAGUGGUGCAUAUGUGCUUUACAAAAUCGCAAGUUUUCUCUAACAUUUGCAUUGCGUUACAUAGGUUUCCAUCCAAGGACUUUCAUGGUAGGAAAAGAUCCUAAAAGAGUCCAGUCCACUGACUAGACACGAGGAAACAAAGCAUAACUUGAACCACUAAGUAAAGAACCAUAUAUGCUUGCAUUGGGGGUCAUUGGCAUGGAAAGAAUGAACUUGUCUGCUUCAGGUAGCUGCCUGGACCGUGAAAGAAGGCCAACUAAACAAACAUAGUAUUUCGAUCAUUGGUUCCAUUAGGUGAUCUUUUGUCAUUUGGUCAAACUUGUUUGCAUUCUGAACGAUGAAUUAGGGAUUAACUUUGCAUAGUUCACAAUUCUCAGCAAAAAGAACCCACAGUACAUAAGAAUUAAAUUGCUAAAACCCUUGUUAAAGCAAUCUUAAACACUUCAUUAGUGAAUGAACAAUGUCAUAAAUCAUAGAAGAACAGAGAUUACGAACAAAAAACCAACACUACUAGAAAAAGGUUAAUAGAGUACGGUUGAAAUUAUGAAUAUAGUACUUACAUAGCAGGCGUAUUAGUAGAGGGGUGUAUUAGAUUACAUGCAUAAU